AUCAUAUCGACCUGUUAACUAGAUCUGCUAUUUUUAAUUUCCCGUCACACUCCAAAGCCUCAUAUUACUUCAAAAUGGACGUAAAACCAGAAAUGUAUCCCGGAUAUACUGAUGAGGCUCAUCCAGAAUGCUUUAAUAAAGAGGCAAUGCCACAACAACCGUCGGUAAAGAAACCAGGUCAAUUACCGGAAUCAAUGAUCAAACAGUAUUUUGAAAAGGGUUACGUCAUUGUAGAGGAUUUUUUUAAACCAGAGGAACUUGAGCCCUGUAAACGCGACAUAGAAAAACUGGUGGACGACGUGGCACAAAAACUAUACACGGCUGGUAAAAUAAAAGGCUUAUUCAAAGAAUAUGGAUUUUAUGAAAGAUUAACCAAGUUAGAGGCAGAAUUUCCCGGAUCAACAGUUCUAAUCCUGAAACAAGGUUAUAUGCCAAAGGCAUUUCAAAAACUAUGGUCAAAUGAGCGUUUACUAAAUGUAGUAGAACAACUAAUUGGACCAGAUAUUGUAGGCCAUCCAGUGUGGAACCUACGGUCAAAAGUACCUAAAAAUGAGGCCACUAUAGUACCAUGGCACCAAGAUGCAGGAUACCUGGACAACGACUCGUACAAAGUUAUGCAACCUACAGCUUGGAUUCCAUUAAUAGAUGCAAAUGAAAAAAAUGGAUGUUUGCAGAUUGCAUCAAGAGGUCACAAAACUGGUAAAAUAGGUCAACAUCAAUGCUGUUGGGGAGGAACAUGGUAUGUUAUGUUAGAGGAGGAAGAGAUGAAAAAUAAACUAGAAAUUGAUAUAAACAAGGAUCUAGAUGUUUGUCCUGUGCCUUAUGGUGGUAUGGUACUCUUCAACAAUGUUAUUCCCCACAGAAGUUUACCAAAUGUUUCAAAAGACAUACGAUGGAGUUUGGAUCUUCGAUGGCAGAAGCCGACAGAACCAUUUGGGUUCUACAAUUUAAAAGAUGGAGUUUUGAUGCGGUCCUCAAAAGAUCCCAAUCUUGAAAUUGAUUGGGAGAAAUUUAAUAAAGUUGACCGACAUCAAGAACAACGUAAAGCUAUGGAUGUUGAACCGGCAGAAGAGAGUGAAUUUGAUUUGACAAUGCCUGGACCAUGGAUGAAAAAAUGGGAAAUGGUUCACAUGAAUAUGCAUACUGACAGACAAAAAGAAUUAGAUACAAAAGCAUGAAGAAUACAUACUCCCGAAAAAGAUACUAGACAGUUGUACGAUGCAAUGCAGCAAUGUAAUUCAUGAAUAUUGCUGAAAUUUUUUUUUCAUCCAAUCUCUGUUGAAUGACACAUGAUUUGUUAUCCCAUUGUACACAUUGUCUUUCAAUUUCCAUUUCCAUUUCCCUAUUUCCAUUUUUUUCAGCAUAUAUUGGGUAUCAAACCAUGGCACAAAAGCAGAACAUGGACAGCAAAAUAAAACAUAAAAAGCAAAAGAACAGCUCUUUUAUUGCCAUUUUCCAUCUCAAAGUUAGUUUAAACUUUGUACGAUGUAACACCACCAAAUUAGGCCCCGUAAAAGAGUACAAGCUGGAAAGGAGCACUUUUUUAAAACAAAAAUAGAGCCUACGCAUCUAUUAGAUGUAAAUAAUAAAUGUAAGUUAUUUUGGUUUGAACUGAAAGGGAAAGAACUGGUUCUUCUUGUAGAACACUUUUGGGAGCACUUUUUUAAAACAAAAAUAGAUCCUACGCAUCUAUUAGAUGUAAAUAAUAAAUGUAAGUUAUUUUGGUUUGAACUGAAAGGGAAAGAACUGGUUCUUCUUGUAGAACACUUUUGGGUGAUAAAUACACUCAUUAUAGAUACCAGGAUUGAAAUUUUAUAUGCGCCAGAUGCCCAUUUCGUUUUUAAAAGACGCAUCAGUGACGCUCGAAAUAAAAAAAAAUGAAAAAGAUCCCAAAUAAAGUACAAAGUUGAAGAGUUUUGAGAACCAAAAAUUCCUUACAGUUAAGGUAAUCUAUUUCAGAGGUAGAAAAGUCUUUGUAGUUCAAAAAGUUUUGUAAACUUUUAAUUUAUACUUAUGAACAUAUCAAUAAUAACUCAAGUCAAAACAGAAGUACUUACUACUUGGAUGGUGAUACCCUCGGGGAAUUAAAAAAAUCCAUUAGCAUUGGCAUCGACCCAGUAGUUGUAAAUAAACUCAUCUUAGAUACCUGCAUGGGUUGAAAUUUUAUAUUUGCGCUAGACUCGCGUUUCGUUUACAAUAAACUCCUCAUAGAUACCAGGACUAAAUUUAGUAAACGCCAGACGCGCGUUUCGUCUACAAAAAAACUCAUCCGUGACGCUCGAAUCCAAAAAAGUUAAAAAGGCCAAAUAAAUUUAUAAAUAUAACAAUAUCAAUGACAAUGACAAUUCAUGUCAGCACAAAGACUCAUCCUUGAUAAGUGGGAAUCUAGACUGUUACUCAGAUUUGAUGUACAUUUGUAACUGAUUUCGUAUAUUUUAAGUUAGGGUAAAUAAAGGCAACAGUACUGCUGUUCGAUAACCAGUACAGUCUGAUGUGUAAUUAACGGUAUAAAAACAACGGCCCCCAUUAAGACCUUUUGGUAGGAAUCUGAUUGAUUAAUAAUAAUAUUUGACUGAUGGUUUACAAGAUAUUAGAUCAUUACCUGCAUUUUAUCUUUUCAUUCUAUCUUUAGAAAUAUUUGCAAUGUUGGUCCUAUUACAGGAUCAUAAGAGAGACUUUGUAAAGUAGAAUCUCUAAAAAAAAAAUAUUCAGAUUAUAUGUGAUUACAAUUUGCCCAUUAACUAUAGAAGAGAUUUUGUUUCAUUAUUCAUGACAACGGACGUCAAUUAAUUACAAAUGCUCACGAUGACCUUUUUGUGUGGUUAGCUAAAAAUGAGUAGGACUAGUACUGCUACAACAGUAAGAGUAAAAAUUUUUGGGUACAGAUUAAAUCAUUAUCUAUCAUUCAUCUACUCAUGAUCUGAGUUGUUUAUAAUUUAACGUAUAACACUUUUGUUUGUGCAUGUGAGAUGUAUACAUUAAACAUUUAUCAAUUAUUGUAAAUAUGAAUACAAAAUUGAAUUGUGUUUUAUAGCCAACUUUUCAUACAUGUAUAUUCUAUUACUUUACAGGUUUAUAAUAACAUUUGUUACAGUCAGAAUGUCAACCUCUAGAUGACUAGUUUAGUUGUGUCUUUUUGGUGGUGCCUGUUCUUCGUGUAGUAUCACUCUUAUCCCAACUUAAAAACAGCAUUCAUAUGAUUCAUCUUUGCUAGCCAAGGGUUCAUAUUUUGUUUCACAGAAAACAGAACCGGUUCGCAAUCCUUACCUAGCGAAGGUCAAUGUUGACUCGACCAGCCAGUGAAUGAAGAGGUCAGUUGUACAUAAGAUUUAUGCGUGAUACAAAUAACCUAUGAUUUGAAAUCUUCGAAUUUUAUCGCAGACUAAACAAUUAACAAACUAUAGUUCAUUAUUUUUAUGCAGUUUACGUUACACAUUUACGACAACAAUCGUUAGCGAGACGCAAGGUUCAAUCAAAGACUCUGAACCAUUUACGAAAUCUUAUUGAUAGAACUUUCUGUCCGUGGGAAGCCUUUAUUUACUGAGGUGUCGUUUAUAGAUAUAAUCAAUAAAUAAACGUGUCAAAGCGACACGAAUGGCCCCGUCCCAAAAAGUUGGAAAAUGUGCAAUUUCAAUAACACAUGUGGACAUAAACAUGAUGGUAGUCUCACAUAUAAAAAAUCAGCUCAAAAUCUGGAGGCGUAUAGAAAAAAGUUCGUAUAAAUGUGAUUUUCAACAAUUUUUGAAAGGCCAAAGCCCGUAAUUUUGUUAAAAAUUAGCGGAGAGGAACAAAACUGAAACUUGAUCUGUAACUAUUCAUGGUUAACUCGCAUACCAAAAAAAAACAGCUCAAAAUCUGGAGGCGUAUAGUAAAAAGUCCGUAUAACUGUGAUUUUCAACAAUUUAAAGCCCGUAAUGUCGUCGAAAAUUAGCGGAGAGGAACAGAACUUAAACUUGAUCUGUAAUUCAUCAUAGUUUACUCACUGUUGAGAAUAUAAUGCAAAUGCUAACGUUAUGUUUCCCGUAUAUACGUCUUAUGUUUAUGACGUUACUUUGAUUUGUAUGGGAACCUUCGAUAUAGAUUUUGAGCAGAAUAGUAACACAACGCAAAGUAUUGAGUUUUAUUCCUUUAUUACAAUACAUUUUGAUGCCGUGACCAGGAAACUGAAAGCCGUAAACUGAAAGCGGCGACAGCAGGCCAUAAAAGCGCUAUAACAAGACUUUUGAGAAAAUGGGAAGAGGAGCAGAAUUUAGAGAUAGAAGAAAGUACCGAAUUAUUAAAAACACUUUUGCAAAAACAGAAGAUUAUUAGUGCUUUGAAUGAAGAAAUUCCUAAUUAAAUAAAGGUUGAGGAUGAAAUUCUAUA